AGUAAUGUUAGGAGGAGCCUAACCAGAUGCUGUACACCAGCUUAGGUGCGCCUCGAUCAAGCAGAUACUGUACUGUACACCAGCUGACCUGACCAGUCGAAUGCGCCCGCUGCUGCUGCCCAGCCGCAGGUAGAAACGUCGCCUUCAUCUUUCACAAUGGUAGGGUACUAGGGUAGGGUAAUCGUCCUCGUCGCUUACAGUGCAGUGCAGUCCCGCUAACUUCAGAACGCGAUCUAAUGCGCCUGCCGCUCCCCUGACCUGAUCCCAUUGCGUGUCCUUAGUCCUUACCUGUCCCAGAACUGCCUUCGCUGGAGCCUCGCGUUUCCCUUGCAAGACUAAGACGUCUUUAAUCUCCUCCCAUUGCCCCUACGCCAAUCGUUCUCGCCUCGCAAUUGUCUAGCCAGGCGAUCUUAAUUAGGCCUUGGUUUCUGUCAAGCUUCUGAAUCGAGUAGGUCUUCCCGCAUCCUCCGCGGCUCAUUUGCUCAUGGCGCCACGACCACUCUCGAGGCCGUCCGGCUCGCUGAUCCUCCAUAUAAGCCUCAUCGUUAUAAGCGCAUUCGUUAUAGGGUCUGCCAGUACACCUUCGACCCCCUCUCCAGUCGAUUAUCGUCUCAUAUCUCGCCUUAUAAAGCGCCUCAAAGCAUCUCCUUUGCCUGAUUCCCUCCUAAAGUUACCCAGCAACCGUUACAAUGCGUCCGAUCUUUCAACACUCAGCAUCUCAGCCGUCGAUCGCCUGCUGAAGCCAUCUCCACCGUCCGAUUCCUCAUUACCCCGUGAUUCGCGGAUACCCUUCCAGAUACCCGAAUCACCUCAGGCCACCUCCGAGCGCCGACGACGCUUACAAGCGCUCCGGCCGUCCGGCAGAAAAUCCGGGAAGUAUACCCUCGGGAAUCCCGUAGAUCUCUCCAAACUUAAGAUCGUCCGUUUCUCUCCUCUCUCCUCUUCAGGCGUCUCUAACGCACCAGGAACGAUCGCCUGCAAGGGCCAAAAAUGCCCGGAUUUUUCCGCGUGCCCCGGUUUAGGCGGAAAAGUCUCCGCGUGUUGGAAUCCCGCGGAUCCCGAAGAUCCCGAUGCUGACCUGGCAGCGUACGGCCGUACGGUUCUCCUGAACCGUACGCAGUCGUACAUCCACUGGAGUACGGGAGUUAACCCUCUAGACCAGUGUUUAGAGGACGACGGGACGCAGCCAGGCCACCUAUUAAGGCCGGGGUGCCCGCCUGACGACGAUCCGGGACCAAUUACCCUGUCGCUUAGGACGGCGGAGUUAAGAGCCAAGCAGGCGCAGGCGAGACGGAGAUUGAAGUGGGGUAAGGCGGGGAAGAAGGAGCCGGAGCCGGCGGGGCAGCUGUUUGUGUUGGAGGACGUGUAUUUGGACGGCGAGGGGCGCGUGUUUAACGCCACGCAUCGUUUCGACGUCUCGGGAUGUGCCAAGCCGGCAACAAAGGUAGUGUACGGAUUAGACACGCACGUGUCUCGCCAGGAGACUGUACUGAAUCUGCUACUACCGGGUCACUUUAUGGAGCGACGCCCCAUGUACGACCAGAUCCUGAUGGUUCUGCCGCCCCUGCUGCCCCUGCACCACGUCCUGCCGUCCCUGCGCCAAGCCAAAGUCGUCACCCACGCAAAGAAGCUGCUCCAGCUGCUUAUAUCACAGCUGCUGGGCCUCUCUCUAGCGAAGCACUCCUUUCUGGCCAAUGGGGAGCCCGGCAGUAGCAGCAAGUACCUCUGGCAUGUGAAGAAGCUCUACCAGCCCGUCAUUCCCUACUGCUCCAACCCAGACCUCCCGCUCUGGAAGCACUUCCGCCGCCGCUUCCUGCUGCCCUCCCCACCUCCCCCAGACACCACCGACCCAACCGCUACCUCACCCAUCCUCGCCAUCUCCUCCUCCCCCUCCUCCUCCUCUCUCUCUGACGACCCCUCCUCCCCCCUCGAGCGCGUGCCCAAGGUGCCGCCUGGCUUUCUGGACGGGGCUCGCUCCGUGUUCCCCUCGCUGCCCGCCCUGCCGGAUGAGGGCUACGCACAGGGAGGGGACUUGCACGGGUCGUGGGUGCCCAUAGGCUGGCAGGUGGUGGUGGCGCACGACUCGAUGCGGUGCACCAAGGCACUGGGGCAGGUGGAGGAGCUGCUGCACCGGUACUUCCCUCCUGAUAGGAUCUUUGUGUUCUCGUCCAGCAGAAAGAUCAUGGAAGGCAAGCAUAUUUUCAACCGGGCGGCUCUAUUCAUAACCUGUCUGGGGCUCGCCAUCACCAACACCAUGUUCAUGCCGCCCCGGGCGGCAGUCCUCGACCUGCGGCCGCCCAUCCCCGCCAACCUCGCCACCCACUACACCCUCCUCUCCCGCUCCUUCGCCUCGGCCAACGACCUCCGCUCUUUCGUCCUCAUCUGCCAGCCGGGUGAUGACGUGGCAGAUCCCGCCACGUCGUCGGCGGCCCUCCGCGCGUCAUCCGGCCAGCUGGCGUGCAACGCGCGGGAAAUCGACGAUGUGAUUGACCGUGUUGCCCACGAUAUCUACUCCUCGCCCGGUGCCAUUGCCGCUGCUAUGUCCCCGGCUCGGGACGCCGAAGCUGCCGCCGAAGCUGCUGCCGAGGCGCUCGCCGACGCCGAAGCUAACGGGAGGUCGCUGCUGCGGCCUACAGACCUCAUCCGAGGCUCGGUGCUCCGGAGCUCGCUGCAGGUGCAGAAAUUCCGAUCCUGGAUGAAAUGUGUCGGCCAGGAGGGCUCGUGGGUCUAUGACCCGAAACCCCGCCGCCUCCCCUGGUGGUUUAUGGGGAAGCCGUACCAAUGUGACUCAGCUUUAAGUGGGAGGCACCUGGGGAAAGCCAUGGGGGCAGCUGAUAAGAUAGCGGAUGAGAAGGGGGAUCCAGAGGAGUGGACGGUGAGAGAAUCGCUCAAGUAUAAAUGGGGAGUGCCUGCCAACGCGUGUCCCAGGGUGCCACUUCGAUCCUGGGAGGUGGAGGAUGAGGAGGAGGGGCCGGAGGGGGGGAUGAGGACCGGAGGAGCGAGAGAAUCGAUGAGGAUGACGAUGCGUUUCGCCCACACUAGCUGGCUGAAAUUCACCCCGGAAAAGUUUUGCGAGAGGGUGGGCCGCGGGCGGCUGUUUCUCUUCCUGGGGGAUUCGCUCAACGAGCAGUUAUCCGAGGCGUUUCUCAACAACCUCCUUGUGAAAUUCCCGAAGCCGGUCGCGGAGGAACAUAUGACAAUGGAAGUUCCCAAGUACUGCUCCGACUGGCACAACGACUCGUCUGUGAAGCACGCCUUCUGCAAGUUCUACUCGGUCAGCGAUGACGUCUGCCCGGGGCUCCGGGCAGCUUACGUGCGAACGGACCAGCUCACGUUGUCCAACCCUCGCUCGUUCGACCGGCAGCCGUGGUCCCGAAUGGAGGUGAUUCGAGAAGCCGAUGUGAUUAUAGUGAAUCGCGGGCCGCACUACGAAGAGGAUGCGCUCUAUGCCCCCGUGCUCGAACGCGCCCUAAUGUACAUCCGAAGCCGAUUCCCAGAGAAGCUUAUUAUCUGGCGGAACACCCCGCCUGGUCACGCCAACUGCACGGGCCAGAAAACCCCGUUGAAAAAGCGCCAGGAUCCGGCGAUUCUCCCGUAUAACUGGGAUAAAUUCGCGCGGCAGAACAAGCUAGCGGAGGUGAUUGUAAAGAGGUAUGGAGCUGCCUAUAUGGACGUUGAUUCGAUGACGGCGCUGCGAAUCGACGGUCACAAGGAGUUUGUUCCGGCCAAGAAUGCAGUGGACUGCCUGCAUUACUGCCACCCGGGGCCGCUGGAUGGGUGGGUGGAGCACUUGUACAACACGCUCUCGUGGCUCAUGGCGCCCCCCCUCCCUGUCCAAUAGAGUGCAGUGCAGUGCUACUGUAUGUUCAGUUCACCGGGAGGUAUUACUGCCACCCCCGGGGGCUGGGGCCGCUUGGGCUUUGGCUGCAACAGCCCCCGGGGGUGGUCCAACAGAUGUUCAAUACGCUACUUUGUCUCAUGGCAUACCCCCGUGAAUCGUCUAUUUUUGAGGCGCCUCAAAAAUAGACUCCUCACGCUUUGUCUCAUGCAUUCCCUCCCCCUUCCCUCAAUUCAACUUAACCUCUGGAAUAAACUUGGUAGGAUGAUAAGUCUUAGCGGAUACUAAUUGUGCGGAGCCAAAUGUGCCACUGCACUGAGACAGAUGGGAUUCAUAUCUGUUCAGAAUAAUGUAACAUGCAAGUGACAUAUUGUCC